UUUUUCUUUUUCAUAUUUGAAACCCAAAAUCCCCUAACCCGACCCGACCCGAAUCAAUAAUGAAUUCGAGCGCUUCUCUUUAUACCGUCCAAAAUAGCAACUUUUAGAUUUCUCUUUUUCCCCCAAAUCCCAAAUCGCUAUUGGCUUCCAUCACGCGCCGGCGAACAAGCACAGAAGCGAAACUACCAAAUCAAUCAACCGGCGAUGGAGAUGACAACGGCGGAAGGAUCAGUAAUUCAUCAAGUUCUCGUUAAACUCCUCGACGGAAAACACAAAGCCCUAAAUUUCACUACUCCAUCCAUUUCAACCCUAACCCUAAAACACAAAAUCCAAACCCUAACUUCAAUUCCUUCUCACCUUCAGCUCCUACUCCCUUCCAAUUCAUUCUACCCUCUUCGCGACCACCAAACCCUAAAUCUCUCAACCGGGUCGACCCAAACACGAACGGUUGAGGUGCAUUUGUUGCUCAGAUUAAGGGGAGGUAAAGGAGGUUUCGGAUCGUUGUUGAGAGGAGCGGCGACAAAGGCGGGGCAGAAGAAGACGAAUAAUUUUGACGCGUGUAGGGAUAUGAGUGGUAGGAGGUUGAGGCACGUGAAUGCGGAGAAGAAGCUGGAGGAGUGGAGAGCGGAAGCGGAGGAGAGGAAAUUGGAGAAGAUGGCGGAGGAUUUUCUUAAGAAGAACGCGAAGGAAGCUGCGAAAAAAGGGAAUAAGGGUGCUAAAGGAGAUAAUACGGAUAAGUAUGUGCAGAAGUAUAGGGAGGAUUCAGCUAAGUGUAUGGAGGGAGUGGAGAGGUCAGUUAGGGAAUCGCUUAAGGGAUUUGUGUCAUCUAAAAGGAAGGGCGUUGAGCUCAAUGAAUCAGAUUCCAAAAGGCUUAAGAUAUGGAAGGGUAAGAGGAUAAUGGGCGAUAGUGAUAGCGAGGAUCUAGAUGAUGAUGAUGACAGUGAAGAAGAGGAGGAAGAGAAUGACAAAUCAACUGUCAUAGAUAGUGGGCACAAUUCAGAUUCCAAUGGAGAAGUAGAGGGAAGUUUGGAUUCUGUGACUGGCAGAAAAGUUGAUGGUGGUGCAUCUGAGAGCGGUUCUGAGGAAGAAAAGGAUACGCUUCUUCCAAAGAAUCUUGAAUCUGGUGAAGAUGUCAAUGUAAAUGUAGUUCAGCAUGAAGGUGAAAGUCUGUCACUCGCUUCAGACGGUCAAGAAAAAGUUGAGCAGAGUGUUGUUGCCUCUACUUUUGGCACUGAUAUUGCAUCUGUAACUGAAAGUGUUCAAACAGAAAAGGAAGUUUCUGGUACUUGUGAGCCAAUUGUCGUGGAAGCUAACUCUGUUGUGAAAGAAAAUGAUGUUGCAGAACCCAGUGAUAAUUUAAGCCCUAUACAAGUUCCUCAAGAAGAUGCAGUCUCAAAGGAUUCUGACUUGGGAAAACCUUUGAAUUUUGAGGAAUUUAGUUCAGCGGCGGAACUUGAGGUCCUCGGUAUGGAGAAGUUAAAGUCAGAACUUCAAGCGUGUGGAUUGAAGUGUGGAGGCACUCUGCAAGAACGUGCAGCGAGGCUUUUCUUACUCAAAACCACUCCUUUGGAGAUGCUUCCAAAGAAGUUGCUUGCUAAGAAGUAAUUUUUUGUUCGUUUGUUUUGCUAUUGUAGCUGGUUGUAAUUGUAUAAGUGUCAGCUUACUCUCUAUUUGACUUCAUAUGUAGAUGUGCGUCUGUAUUUCUAUAGAUUUCAACAACUUCCAAGGACGAUAGUAGUGAUUCACUUUAAAGAGUAAUAAAAGGUGACUAAUGUUGAUUUGGUGCCGA